GCAGAAACAUUUUGCAGCGAGGCGCCUCCUCCGCGAGAGGCGCACAAGGGCCGCGGCGAGGAGCAGCUGCGCGUCGCGUCAACAAUGGCGGCCUCCUCCCUCCCUUUCCUCCUCCGCCGUUCCUCCCGGGCAAUCCGCGCUCUUCUUGGAUGCGAGGGCUUCCUGUGACAAGCUUGCGCGCACGAUGGAGGGCUAUUCGAGGGACUUACUGUGCGGAUUCGGCAGGGGAGACGCGCCGCCACCGGAGCAGAGGCCGAGGCCGCCGCGGGUGGACAUGGAGGAGGUCGAGCUCAGCCUCGGGCUGUCUCUCGGCGGCCGGUUCGGGCUGGAGAGGCGGGGGGAGAGGCUCGCCCGGUCGUCGUCUGUGGCGGCCGUCUUGAUGACGCCGGUGGAGGUGGCGGCGCCGACCGCGCUCGCGAGGACGAGCUCGCUGCCGGCCAAGGCAGAGGAGGCGGAGGUGGGGAGGAAGCAGGGGCUGAACGGCUGGGGUAGUUCUUGCCGUGAAAACGGUGGUCUCGGCGUGGAGGCUGCGGCGAGGCUGCCGGAGAGCGGGAGCCCGUCCUCGGGCUCGUCGGACGGCGAAGGGCAAAGAUUGCAAGUGAACAUUGCAGACCCCCUCUUGAGGACUACUUCACUCCCUGCUGGCAUUGACGAUGAGUGUAGGAAGAGAAAGGCAGCUCAGAGUCUGAAGAGGCUUGAGUUGAAGAAGAAGAGGAUUGAGAGGAGGAACUCUCUAACUUGCAACACUUCAAAAGAAGCAGCUGGGCAGAUUCUAGAAGAAAUGAAUGCAAACACUGAGAAAUUGGAGAGUUUUGAUGAAGUUGUUAUGAGGAAUAAGCAGAAUCAUAGCAAUGACCAGCAUUUGAUGAAUGGACUUCCUCUGAUGCAUCAGGUUACAUUUACAUCAAAAGAUCGCAGUUUGUCAGCUAUGCGAAAGAAGCUGAAUUCAGCCUUCAAAGGAACAACUGGCACCGAGGAUCACAGCCCGUCAGCAGCUGUUGCACACCCCGGUGAGGGUGCGAAUGGCGCAACGGCAGCAAGCCCACCGUUUCCAUCAUUGGUGGCCAGAGCAGCAGCCCUUGGUUCCAUGGGAGAUCAACAACGUAUUUCUGGCAGAGUUGCAGCAAGAGCCAAGAGCAUGGGGGACGCGGAGAGGAUCAUGAUGCAGGAGAUGCCGUGCGUGUGCACCAAGGGGCUCCCCAACGGCAACAGGGUGGAAGGCUUCCUCUACAAGUACAGGAAAGGCGAGGAAGUGAGGAUCGUCUGCGUGUGCCAUGGUAGCUUCCUGACUCCAGCAGAGUUCGUGAAGCAUGCUGGAGGUGGCGAGGUUGCCAACCCGCUGCGGCACAUCAUCGUCAACCCGCAAUCCUUCGUUUGAACCUUGGGCGAUGGACCCUGCAAGCGUUCUGUAGCAUCAGCCUUCAGUUUAGCAUCAGAAUAGACUCUCAUCGUCAGAUUGUAUUCGUGGGACAGUGCUUAUUAUUCUGAAGACAUUGGUGGGGCAUUGCUCUCAGUCCUGCCGACGUCGUGAUGGUAACAUUACCUAUUGGUCAUUGCUUAUUAUUUUCUUAGCAUGACUUGAUCAGUUAUGCAACUUUUUCAGGUAGGUGUUCCAGAAAA